CAGAGCACCUGCACAAGCUCCCUGAACUUCAGAGCUCCUCUCUCUUACCAAGACCUCCAGUCCAUGUUAAAGACCCACAGGCUGUGCUGAAGAGGCCGGUAAAAAGAAAAGACCCUAGUUUGAAUCUCUUAAAAGCACGAGAGCGGAUGUAUUUUCCAGGCUGGUACACACAGUCACCUUCACCUCAGCGAAGAAAACCGCAACACAGGACACGUACACGGUCACCUGUCCACCUGCCUCCUCUACCAGCCACUACAAAGAAAGUGUUGUCAACCCCCAGUCUACCCAAAAGGCCCUUUUCCAUUAGAAGUGGUGAACAGCUGGAUAAUUCCACUUUCAAAAUCUAUGAGUACAGCAAAGAUGACUUUUUGAUGAUCAGCCAGGAGGGUGUGGUAUCAGUACGGGAAGAUGAGUACGACUUUGUAACCCUGGAGCGCUGGGAAGAGGAGUACAACCACCACUGUAAAAUUAUCCGCAUUCCCUUCUUUGCCCACUUCAAAAAGUGGAAGCCUUUCUACAUCUGGCGUACCAAAGUUCGUGCCAAGAAGACUCAUUUGGCCAGGGAGUCCCUCCGAAGACGCUUGUUCACUGUCAGUCAGUCUCUAAGUCCUGCACUGAUAGAUAUCAGGAAAAUGUGUUGCCAAAUCAGUGACACAGGCUUGUGUCACAUGGAGAAAAAACACACUUACGCACUGCAGGAGUUCCAGGAAGCCCAAUUCAAACAACUGCAAGAGAGGUUGAAUGACUUGAAAAAGUUUGAAGAUCUGGUUAAAGAGGUGACAAUUUGUGCCUGCCGCAACUUCAUGCUGGAACCUCAGUCCAAGUCUAACAACCCAUCUGAUCAAAAGGACAAGACACUGAUUAUGCAAAUCAACGAGACAAUUCUCUCCAGUCGCCUUGUCUGCUUUAUCCGCCUUGUUGACUAUUUGGUCGUCAACACCUUGCACACACUGGUGGUGAAUGAAGCUGCCAAACUUUUGGCUGUGCUUCAGGAGCAGCUGCAUGAAACACCAAGCCAUGCAGUCAUUCAGAGCUGGAGUCAGCCUUCUGAGCGUGUUACCGAGCCUGCAGAGGAGGAGAUUGAUACAAAGCCUGGUGAGCCAGAAACCCCCCAAGUUCAACCUAUGUUCAUCUGUGAGCUGUUGCUGGACACACAUGCCUUGACCUUCAACCCCUCUGAGGAGAACUUUCAGGAGACCAGUGAUGAAAUCAUCGAACAGUUUGAGAAGACAGUGAUGUCAGUCAAUACGCUUACAGCUAAUCCAGAUUUUGAUUCACUGAUACAGCCUGGAGAGUUUGAGACAUUGGAAAAUAAAUAUGAAAGGGGCCCCAAUUUGGAAUUAAUCAUGAAGACUGAUGGCCACCUUCAAAACAUUGUCCAAAAAAUCAAGGAAUCAGUGCAGGUUGCCUUUGAGGCAGCAACAGUGUACUCACACAUGUUUGAGCGCUUUAGACUGUUCUAUAGGGAGAACGAGAAUCAAGAUGUGGAUGCUGUGCAACAACAGGAUCAGGGUUUGUCCUACUUUGAAAAAGCACUGCAAUUGUACCACACUGAGCAUAAAGACGCCUUAGCCAUUCAACAGAAAAGACAUCUGGGUUUACUGCUGGUGGACAAAACAAAACUGAAAGAGAAGCUUGUGUCUUCCCCUGUACGCUGUCUGGAGGUCAUCAACGAGAUGCUCACCAAGCUGGCAAAGUGGAGACUUGAUGCCGUCAUUGCUGAGGCUUGUGACGCCCAGUUUAAACUAGAAUUACAUCCCACUACUACCACUGAGUUUGCCAGCUCACUCACAUUCCUUGAUGAGAUACAGGACAGGAUUACAGUGCUAGAAGAGGAACAAGAGGCGGUGUCUCAGAUGUACAGUCUGAUUAAAACAUAUUCAAUUCCCACUCCACCUGAAGAUCUGGUGGUUUUUGCCACCUUGCGGUCCUCCAUUAAUUCACUCCACAGCAUCAUUGAUGAGGCAGUGACAGAGAGGGAAAGCUGCAUGGACAAGUUUUCCAAUACCCUGCAAAAAGACAUAAUGAAUCUAACCCGUGAGGUCAUGAAAAGCAAACAGAAGAUACAGGAUCCUCAAAUCUUAGACAUCAAUGCAGACUCCUCCCAAGUUCGUGUGCUGCUUGGGGAAAUACAGAUUUCUGUUGACGAGAUGCAGGCCCACGCUUCAACCUACACUUCCUACCAGAAGAAAUUCAAGAUGGAGGUGACCAAAUUUGACACCCUGGAGGAGUUAACUGCAGAGAUGAGGCUGAAGCAGCUGCUGUGGGACUCUCUUGAGGAAUGGGACUCUCUCCAAAGUGGGUGGCAGCAGAGCACACUUGAACAACUGGACUUGGAGCAGCUCAACUCACAGGUGACCAAGUACAGCAAAUACGUCAACCAGCUGGAGAAGGACUUGCCACGAAACAAUGUACUGCCAAGUCUGAAGGACAAGGUGGAAGUCAUGAAGCACAGGCUGCCUGUGCUCACUGAUCUGCGUAACCCAUGUAUGAAGCCAGAACAUUGGAAGAUCAUGGAGUCAAUUGUGGGGACCUCUUUGAAUGUCACAGACCUCACCGUUGCUCUUUUGGAGGAAAUCAACAUAUUCUCCUUUGGCAAGGAGAUACAAGAGGUGUCGGGACAGGCUUCAGGAGAAGCGUCCGUGGAGAUCAUUGUUGCAAAGGUUGAGGACGUGUGGAGAACCACAGAGUUCACUGCUCUGUCUCACGGUGACAACAAAGACGUGUUCAUUUUGGGAGGCACAGAUGAUAUCCAGGUUCUCCUGGAUGACAGCCUUAUUAAUGUGGGCACAGUGGCAUCUUCUCGCUACGCGGCGCCCAUCAAGCCUAGGGUGGACAAUUUGCUGAGGCAGCUGACUCUCUUCAGCCAAACACUGGAUGAGUGGCUCACAUGCCAAAGGAGCUGGCUGUACCUGGAAAGUAUUUUCUUAGCUGCAGACAUCAAGAGGCAGCUGCCUGCAGAGUCUAAGAUGUUUCUUAAGGUGGACAAAUCCUGGAAGGAGAUCAUGGCAAGGGUCAAGAAGAGGCCCAAUGCCCUUAAUGCCGCCACUCAGCCUGAUCUGUUGGAGACUUUUCAGCACAACAAUGCUCUUCUGGAUGAGAUACAGAAGUGUCUGGAAGCCUACCUUGAAUCCAAGAGAGUCAUCUUCCCCAGGUUCUACUUCUUAUCUAACGAUGAGCUGCUAAAGAUCUUGGCCCAGACAAGAAACCCUCAGGCUGUGCAGCCACACCUCAGGAAGUGUUUUGAUGCUAUUACCCGGCUGGAGUUUGCUUUGCUGCCUAAAGAGCCUGCUGGUGCAACAGGACCAGCACACAGUGCCGGAGAACAGGAGAACAUAUACAGCAAAGAUAUCCUGUAUAUGAUCUCUCCUGAGGGAGAGAAGGUGGCUAUGACGAAAGGUCUAAAGGCACAAGGCAAUGUGGAAGACUGGCUUUGCAAGGUGGAGGAGGCCAUGUUCUCUUCACUGCGACGCCUCAGCAAGGCCGCCAUCGCAGACUACCAGACCAGGUCCAGGGAGGAAUGGGUGGUGGCUGGACAUCCGUCUCAGGUGGUGCUGACCAUCUCACAGAUGAUGUGGUGCAGGGACAUGGAUGGUUGCCUGGAGGGAGACCAUGACCACUUCGCUGCCCUACAGGAAUUCGAACUCACCAACAUUGUUAGACUAAAUUCCCUGGCAGCAUUGGUACGAGGACAGCUUCCUACUUUACACCGCAAUAUCGUCACUGCCCUCAUCACCAUCGAUGUCCAUGCAAGAGACAUUGUCACAGAUCUCGUCAAGCAGAAGGUUGACACCAGGUCUAACUUUGAAUGGCAGAGACAGCUACGAUACUACUGGGACUUGGAUAUGGACAACUGUGUUGCCAAAAUGGCUCUGUCCACUUACAUUUAUGGCUAUGAAUACCUCGGAGCUUGUCCACGGCUGGUCAUCACACCACUUACAGACCGUUGCUACCUGUGCCUGAUGGGGGCUCUUCAGCUGGACUUGGGAGGUGCGCCAGCUGGGCCAGCAGGGACAGGCAAAACAGAGACUACUAAAGACUUAGCCAAGGCACUGGCCAUACAGUGUGUGGUCUUCAACUGCUCUGAUGGGCUUGACUAUAAGAUGAUGGGUCGCUUCUUCAGUGGACUUGCUCAGUCGGGAGCCUGGUGUUGUUUUGAUGAAUUCAACCGAAUCGACAUUGAAGUGUUGUCUGUGAUCGCCCAGCAGCUCAUUACCAUACGAAACGCAAAAGCUGCUAAGCUGUCAAGGUUUCGAUUUGAGGGCCAUGAGAUCAAGCUUGUGAUGACAUGUGCAGCAUUCAUCACCAUGAACCCAGGCUACGCUGGGAGAACAGAGCUACCUGACAACCUGAAGGCUCUCUUUAGGCCCAUAGCCAUGAUGGUGCCAAACUAUGCACAUAUUGCUGAGGUGAUUUUGUACUCAGAGGGAUUUGAAUCGAGUAAGACCCUAGCAAGGAAAAUGACCCAGAUGUACAAGCUGUGCUCUGAACAGCUGUCUCAGCAGGACCACUAUGACUUUGGCAUGAGAGCCGUCAAGUCUGUCCUGGUCAUGGCUGGGUCUCUAAAGAGAGAUAACCCCCACCUCAGUGAAGAUGUGGUUCUUAUCAGAGCGCUGAGAGAUUCCAACCUGCCAAAGUUCCUCACUGAUGAUGCUGUGCUGUUUAGUGGUAUCCUGUCAGACCUGUUCCCUGGUGUGUGCAUCCCUGAGCAUGACUAUGGUGUACUGCACUCCACCAUCUUGGAGUCUCUGCUGAAGCGUAACCUCCAGCCACUGGAUAGCAUGAUCAAAAAGGUGAUCCAGCUCUAUGAGACCAUGUUAGUGCGUCAUGGUGUGAUGUUAGUAGGGCCUACAGGUGGCGGUAAGACCACUGUCUACACCAUCCUGGCAGAGACUCUGGAGACCCUCCAUCGCACAGGACACAAGGCGAACAACUCUUUCUAUCAGCCUGUCAGGACCUAUGUCCUCAACCCUAAAUCUGUCACAAUGGGAGAGCUCUACGGAGAGGUUAACCCUUUGACACUGGAGUGGCGCGACGGACUAAUGGCAUUGAGCGUCCGAGAGGCAGUCAGUGACACCAGCGAUGACCACAAGUGGGUGAUUUGCGACGGGCCGGUUGAUGCCCUGUGGAUUGAGAACAUGAACACAGUGCUGGAUGACAACAAGAUGCUCUGUUUGGCCAACAGCGAGAGAAUCAAACUGACUUCAUCCAUACAUAUGGUGUUUGAGGUGCAAGACUUAGCCGUAGCAUCUCCGGCCACAGUCAGUCGCUGUGGGAUGGUAUACAUUGAUCCUGAUGAGCUCAAGUGGAUGCCCUAUGUCCAGACAUGGAUCAGUGGUCUUGGAGAGAAGCUCCCAGACCCAGUGCGCACAUACCUGCUGGAGCUGUUUGAGCGCUGUGUUGAGAAGGGUCUCCAGUUCGUGCUGAAACAUUGUGACCAAGUGAUUCGCCAGGUGGAAAUCAGUAAAGUCACCACACUGUGCUUCCUGCUGGAGGCACUUUUGCUGGGCCAAGGAGGAACAAACCUCAACAUGGAUUCCAAGGUCCUCAACAGCGUAUUAUGCCAGACCUUCGUGUUUAGUUACAUUUGGGCAGUUGGUGGAAACCUGCCCAGUUCUCACUGGGAUGCUUUUGACGCAUUUGUAAAGGAGCAGUUUGAAGACAACAGCCUCGCUAAGCUCCCAAAGCAUGGCACCCUGUGGAGCAUGUACAUGAACUUUGACAACAAGCAAUUGGAGUCAUGGGAGAAGAUAAUUCCUUCAUUUAAUUACAACAAAGAGCAGCCAUUUUUUGAGAUGCUGGUUCCCACCACAGACACUGUUCGCUAUGGAUACUUGAUGGAGAAACUGCUGUCUGUUGGGCGUCCUGUGCUCUUCACUGGAGACACUGGGGUCGGGAAGUCGGUGGUGGCUCGGGACCUUCUUAAUAAUAUCCAGGAGAAGGCUGGAUACCUUCCCGUCUACAUCAGCUUCUCCGCUCAGACCUCAUCUGCCUGCACACAAGAGAUCAUUGAGUCCAAGCUGGAAAAAAAGAGGAAAAACCUCCUGGGUGGCCCCAGUAACAAGAAGGUGGUGGUCUUUGUGGAUGACCUAAAUAUGCCCAAACUGGACAGUUAUGGCUCUCAGCCGCCCAUAGAGCUCCUGCGACAGUUCCAAGACUUUUCUGGCUUCUAUGACAGAAAGAAGUUCUUUUGGAAGGAGAUCCAGGACAUGACCAUUGCAGCAGCCUGCGCUCCUCCAGGAGGCGGACGCAACCCUGUGACCCCCAGAUUCAUCCGCCACUUCAGCAUGCUGUGUCUGCCCACACCCUCAGAGCACUGCCUCAAGCAGAUCUUCAAAGCUAUAUUGAAUGGUUUCCUCAGUGACUUUUCUCAUGCGGUGAAGGACUGUGCUGGACAGAUUGUGGAUGCUGCUGUGGAGAUUUACAACCGUUUAAGCGUGGACCUUCUCCCCACUCCAGCUAAGUCCCACUAUGUCUUCAACCUCAGAGACCUCUCCAAGUGUGUCCAAGGCAUAUUGCAGUGUGAGCCGAAUCAAGUGAGAGACAAGAACCAAAUCUUCCGUCUCUUCUGCCACGAGUGUCAGCGGGUCUUCCACGAUCGACUCAUUAACAACCAAGAUAAGACGUAUUUCAACACCAUCGUCUGUGAGAUGGCGUGCAAAUAUUUCAGUAUUAAUUUGGAGCCCUCAUACUUUAUGAAUCAACCCAUCAUAUUUGGAGACUUCAUCAAGGUUGGUCUAGACAAAGAAGAUCGUCUGUAUGAGGAUCUGACCGACAUGGAUAAGAUCCAGACUGUCCUCGAGGAUUACCUCAAUGAUUACAACACAACCUUCUCUAAGGAGACCAAGCUGGUUUUCUUUCAAGAUGCCGUUGAACAUGUCUCCAGAAUUGCCCGUAUCAUUCGCCAGGAGAGAGGCAAUGCCCUGCUCGUAGGAGUGGGAGGUACAGGCAAGAAGUCACUCACUCGGUUAGCAGCCCACAUGUGUGGUUACCGCUGCUUUGAGAUUGAGCUCAGUCGAGGCUACAACUAUGACAGCUUCCAUGAAGACUUGAGGAGACUGUGUAAGAUGGCCGGUGUGGAGGGCAAAGACAUGGUGUUUCUGUUUACAGACACUCAGAUUGUGGUGGAGGAGUUUUUGGAGGAUAUAAACAACCUGCUGAACUCGGGCGAGGUGCCCAAUCUUUUUGAAAAAGAUGAAUUGGAACAAGUUCUGGCUGCAACGCGACCUAAAGCCAAAGAGGCUGGAAUCAGUGAGGAGAACAGGGAUGAGGUGUUCCAGUAUUUCAUCUCUCGUGUACGGGAGAAGCUGCACAUUGUGCUGUGUAUGAGUCCCGUGGGCGAUGCCUUCAGGUCCCGCUGUCGCAUGUUUCCUUCACUGGUCAACUGCUGCACCAUCGACUGGUUUGUGCAGUGGCCUCGUGAGGCGCUGCUCUCCGUCUCUCAGGCCUUCUUCCGGAAUGUGGACUUCGGUAGCAAUGAACUGAAGCGCAGCUUCUCAGCCAUGUGUGUUGAGAUACAUGUGAGUGUCACUGAUAUGGCUGAGCGAUUCUACUCAGAGCUGAGGCGCAGAUACUACACUACACCCACCUCUUACCUGGAGCUAAUCAACCUCUACCUGGCCAUGCUUGAGGACAAGAGACAGCAGCUAAAGCUAGCCAGGGAUCGUGUGAAGAAUGGUUUGGGCAAACUUUUAGAGACCAAUGAGCUGGUGGACAAAAUGAAAGUGGACCUGUCUGCUCUGGAGCCAGUUCUGAAACAAAAGUCCACUGAUGUUGAUGCCCUCAUGAAGAAACUGGCUGUCGACCAGGAGCAAGCUGACGAGGUGCGUAAGGUAGUGAAAGAAGAUGAGGCUUUGUCCAAGGUCAAAGCUGAAGACACCCAGGCCAUAGCUGAUGAUGCCCAGAGAGACCUGGAUGAAGCUCUGCCAGCCCUGGACGGAGCCAAUCAGGCUCUUAGUUCUCUUGACAAGGCUGACAUUUCUGAGAUCAAGGUUUUCACCAAACCUCCAGACUUGGUUAUGACUGUCAUGGAGGCUGUCUGCAUUCUUCUCAACUGCAAACCAGACUGGCCCGGUGCCAAGCAAUUACUGGGAGAUGCCAAUUUCCUCAGGCGUCUAACAGACUAUGACAAGGAUAAUAUCAAGCCUCAGAUCCUGCUGAAGCUGCAAAAAUACAUCAACAACCCUGAUUUCAUACCCGAGAAGGUGGAGAAGGUAUCCAGAGCAUGCAGAUCUAUGUGCAUGUGGGUCAGAGCCAUGGACCUUUAUGCCAGAGUUCUUAAAGAAGUCGCACCCAAGAGAGAAAAACUAGCCAUGGCCCAGAAAGAACUGGAUAUGACCAUGGCCACCCUGAGGGAGAAGCAGGAAAAGCUUCAGGAGGUGGAAAACCAGAUCAAGGUGCUACAGGAUCAGUUUGACAGCAGUCAAAAUGAGAAGGAGAAUUUGGUUAACACCAUGUCUCUGACAAAGGCCCGUUUGACGAGGGCAGGGAAGCUAACCUCUGCUCUAGGUGAUGAGCAGGUCCGCUGGGAGGAAAGUGUUGCCUUGUUUGAACAAGAGAUCAUCAAUGUUGUGGGCAACGUCUUCAUUGCAGCUGCCUGUGUAGCCUACUAUGGAGCAUUCACUUCUCACUAUAGACAGCUGCUAAUUGAUCAGUGGAUUAAACAGUGUCAGGAGCUAAAGAUUCCAAUCAGUUCCAGCUUCAGCCUGAUCAACAUUUUGGGUGACCCAUUCGUCAUCCGCCAGUGGAACACAGAAGGACUGCCCCGUGAUACCGUCUCUACAGAGAAUGGUAUCCUGGUGACCCAGGGCCGCCGCUGGCCACUUAUGAUCGACCCACAGGAUCAGGCCAACCGAUGGAUCCGCUCCAAGGAGACCAAGCAUGGUCUAAAGGUGAUCAAGUUGACAGACCCUGGUUUUCUUCGUACCUUAGAGAAUGCUAUUCGUAUGGGAAUGCCUGUGCUGCUAGAGGAGUUAAAAGAGACCCUAGAUCCAGCACUCGAGCCCAUCCUACUGAAGCAAACCUUUGUAGAGGCUGGCCGCACACUGAUCAGACUUGGGGACUCGGAUAUUGACUAUGACAAAAACUUCAGGUUCUACAUGACCACUAAGUUGGCCAACCCACACUACCUACCUGAGGUGUGUAUCAAAGUCACAAUCAUCAAUUUCACUGUGACUAAGUCUGGCUUGGAAGAUCAGCUGCUCAGUGAUGUGGUGCGCCUGGAGAGUCCACACCUUGAACAGCAGAGGAAUGAGCUGAUUGUCCGCAUCAACGCUGAUCGCAAUCAGCUGAAAGAUAUCGAAGACCGCAUCCUCAAGCUCCUCUUCACCUCUGAGGGGAAUAUACUAGAUAAUGAAGAGCUUGUUCAGACGCUCCAAGAGUCAAAGGUGACAUCUGAAGCCAUAAAGCACCGUCUGGAGGAGGCAGAAGCUACUGAGCUGAUGAUCAACUCUGCAAGAGAACGCUACAGACCCGUGGCCACCCGAGGCUCUGUCUUGUACUUUGUCAUUGCCAGUCUCUCUGAGAUCGAUCCUAUGUACCAGUUCUCCCUCAAGUACUUCAAACAGUUAUUUAACUCCACCAUUGAGACGUCAGAGAAAAGCAGCGUGUUAGAGGAGCGUCUCCAGAUCUUGCUGGACCAGAUCUUGCUCAACUCCUACAUCAAUGUGUCCCGGGGCCUGUUUGAGCAGCAUAAGCUUAUCUACAGCUUCAUGUUAUGCGUAGAGAUCAUGAAGCAACGCGGGGAGAUUUCUGAUGCGGAAUGGCAGCACUUCCUAAGAGGAGCAGCUAGUCUGGAACAGGACAAGCCAGAGCGGCCCGAUGUGCCAUGGCUUAGUGAUUUUUACUGGCAGACAAGUUGUGAGCUCGAGAGCACACUGCCUUGCUUCAAGGGCAUCUCCAAGGAAAUCACCAGAACCCAUAUUGACAUCAGGCUUGGACGUUUUCAAGCAUCUAUUAAUCCAGAGACUUGGGAAGACUAUGUGUCAGAGUUGCCUUCGCUUGGAGAAUUGAAGAAAGGGAGUGGCAUCAGAGGUUAUUGGAAUGAGAGGUUGGGAGCCUUUCAGAAGCUAAUCCUUAUCAAGAGCUUUGUGGAAGAAAAGGUGGUGUUUGCAGCGACAGAGUUUGUGAUUGUCAGCCUUGGGAAGCAGUUCGUGGAAAACCCUCCAGUUGACUUGGCUAACCUUUACAGCGAUAUGUCCCCUGUCACUCCACUGGUCUUCAUUCUAAGCACAGGAUCCGACCCUAUGGGAGCCUUCCAACGUUUUGCCAAAGAGGGAGGAUGUCUUGACAGAGUUGAGUCCAUUUCAUUGGGUCAAGGCCAAGGACCUAUAGCUGAGAAAAUGAUCUAUGAGGCACUGAAAAGUGGCAAGUGGGUCUUUCUGCAAAACUGCCAUCUGGCUGUUUCCUGGAUGCUGGCCAUGGAGGAGCUCAUCAAGACCUUUACUGAGCCGGAUACAUCAAUACACAAGGAAUUCCGUUUGUUUCUCAGUUCCAUGCCGACCAAAGUGUUUCCUGUUACAGUGCUUCAAAACUCUGUCAAGGUGACCAAUGAGCCUCCCAAAGGCCUGCGAGCCAACAUGCUACGGGCCUUCAGAGAGGUCUCUAGUGAUUUCUUCGAGGGGCACGUUCUGGGACGUCAGUGGAGGAAGAUUGUGUUUGGAAUCUGCUUUUUCCAUGCAGUCAUCCAGGAGAGAAAGAAGUUUGGCCCUCUGGGCUGGAACAUUCCCUAUGAGUUCAAUGACAGUGACCGGGAAUGUGCUCUUCUCAACCUCAAACUCUACUGCAAAGAUGGCAACAUCCCCUGGGACGCUCUCACCUACAUCACUGGUGAAAUCACAUAUGGAGGCAGAGUGACAGAUGCCUGGGAUCAGCGCUGCCUUAGGACAAUCCUCAAAGGUUUCUUCUCCCCAAAAACUCUGGAACAUGGCUACAUCUAUUCCUCCUCGGGUAUCUACUAUGCCCCAGAGACGGAUCAACUGGAGCAAUAUAAGCAAUACAUUGAGAGUCUUCCAAUCAUAGAUGAUCCUGAGAUCUUUGGCAUGCAUGAGAACUCCAACCUGGCCUUCCAGCGGCAGGAAACCCUGACUCUAAUUAACACCAUACUGGAUGUUAAUCCUCGCUCUUCAGCUCAGCAUGGAGCUAAAAGCAAUGAUGAGAUCAUCUGUGAGCUAGCUGAGUCUAUACUUAUCAGGCUACCAGAGCGUCUGGACAUGGAUGAAGCAGUUGAAUCUCUGUUUGUACAAGAUGAACAUGGCCGCCUUAACUCCCUCACUACGGUGUUGAGCCAGGAAGUGGACAGAUUCAACAACCUGCUGAGAGUGCUGCAGGCAUCUCUCAUCACUCUGAAGAAGGCCAUAGCAGGUCUAGUGGUGAUGUCAGAAGAGAUGGACCGUAUCUAUACGAGCUUCCUGAACAACCAGGUUCCCGCACACUGGGCAAACUCUUCCUACCCUUCUCUCAAACCCCUGGCAUCCUGGGUCAGAGACCUUGCUCUCAGAAUCUCGUUCAUUCAGACUUGGAUCACACGUGGUCAGCCCAAAUCUUUCUGGAUCUCAGGAUUCUUCUUCCCUCAAGGCUUUCUGACUGGUGUGCUGCAGAAUCAUGCAAGAUUCUACAAGUUGCCCAUUGAUGAGCUUAGCUUCCACUUUAAUGUGCUGCCAGUGUACAGAGACCAGGCAGCAAUCUGUGAGGCUCUGCGAACUCUGCCCGCCAAUGCUCAACUAGACAUGGAUGAUGAGUUACCAGAACCUGAGGACGGCGUGCUGGUUCACGGCAUGUUCAUGGACGCCAGCCGCUGGAACGAUGACAACAUGGUGGUUGAAGAUGCUUUACCUCGAGUGAUGAACGCUGUCUUGCCGGUGGUGCACUUUGAGCCACAGCAGAAUUAUGUGCCUGAGUUGGGCCUCUACCAUGCUCCUCUGUACAAGACCUCAGCCCGAGCUGGGACUCUGUCCACCACUGGUCAUUCAACUAAUUUUGUUGUGACGGUAAUGCUUCCCUCCAACCGACCCAGUGAUUAUUGGAUAUCAAAAGCCUCUGCUCUCCUGUGCCAGUUGGAUGAUUAAGUUUUUAUUCGAGGACGAAGAGGAAUUUGAAAUGUAACUUUAAAUAAAUACUGUAUCUUUUC